CCGGAAGCGGGGCUGGCAGUCCGGGCCGUCGCUGGUCAUGGAGGAUCGGCCGGUGGACUGCGGGCCGCCCCGCGAGGGGCCGGCCGAGGAGGCCGAGCCCCAGGUUGCGGCCUGGAGCGGGGACAGCGGCAACGUGUCCCAGAGCCACAGCAGCGCCUCGGGGCCGUGGGAGGACGAGAGCGGCGAGCUGGGCGCGCCGGGCCGGGACCUGCCGCUGCUGCGCCGCGCCGCCGCGGGCUACGCCGCCUGCCUGCUGCCCGGCGCGGGGGUGCGGCCUGAGGUCGAGGCGCUGGACGCGAGCCUGGAGGACCUGCUCACCAGGGUGGACGAGUUUGUGGGCAUGCUGGACAUGCUGCGCGGCGACUCCUCGCACGUCGUCAGCGAGGGCGUGCCGCGCAUCUACGCGAAGGCCACCGAGAUGCGGCGGGUCUACAGCAAGAUCGACCGGCUCGAGGCCUUCGUCGGGAUGAUCGGCUCCAGCGUGGCCAGGUUGGAGGAGCAGGUCGCCAGGGCGGAGGCCGAGCUGGGGACUUUUCCCAGCACAUUCAGGAAAUUUCUGCACACCAUUAACGUGCCCUCCUUCUUCAACAAGGCGCCUUCCAGCAGGUCACAGCCGACCGGCUACGAACCCCCCGUCCUGUUUCGGACCGAAGACCACUUUCCCUGUUGCGGCGAAAGACCUUAAAUCUGAGUCCGCCGGGCAGUGCUGCAGGAGGACACGGUCUCAAAUUAUCUUGAGUAUUAAUUUAAUCAGUUGGAAGUCCUGUUACUAGACAUACAUGACAUUGGUGUAUGGAAUUUUAAAGUUUUUUUUUUUUUGCACAAUUUCCCUCUGUCUUCACUGUUUCACGUAGAUGAAUGAUUUUCUACGUCUUCCAGUUCAAACUUGAAAACUGGUGCGGAGCGGGGUGGGGGGAGGGGAAUCCGGGAAGUAAAAUGAAUGAACUUGGUUCACUGUGCCAGAAAUGUUAUUUUUAUGGAUUUUACAGGUUAACUGUUACUUUUUCAAGAUUUGUAUAUUUGUAUACUCUUAAGAAAAACUACUGAACCUUUAAAGCCUUGUUAUUUCGAUCCUAACAGUGAUUCCGUUUUCUAUAGUUUACUUUUAGGGUAGAAGGUAAAUUAUUAAACAUUAUACUAAGCUUUCCAUAUAAUGGAUUGUAAGCCGAAGGAAAUUAUACAGUUUCUGAGAAAGUAUUGACUUACUGCAACUAAUUCUGAGGCUGAUUCUGAAAGUACAACCUCACAAUCUUAAUUUGUCCACAGCAAGAAGGUCUAUACGUAAUUGCCAACAUUUGGUUUAUCAUUUAAAUAAUAAAAAAUUUAAGUUUUACUGAAAACGCUUUCCAUCUGAAAGGGACUUUACAUAUUUCCCUUCUUUGUUUGAAAGUUGACAUGUUGUGCUUAUGAUUUUAGGAGUGGGAAAAAGAAAAGUGGCUUGGGGCUGGGGUCUAAGAAGCUUUGAGAGGAGCACCCCAAAUGUUAGCUACUGUUUCACAGAAUUAUUAAUGACAAUGGUUUAACUGUUCAUUUUGAGGGGAAAGAAUUCUUAAAUCAUUUGUGUGAACGGCGGGUGCUAGGAUUUUGUUCUUUCACAACCUGACAACAUGGACUUCUAAAGAUCCCGUGCAGCUACAACA